AUGGUGUUUGUCCUAGGGAUCGAAGAUACCUUCCGGACCGCUGCCACGGAGGUGAGCUUGCUUGCAGGGAGCGAGGACUUCAACGCCACCAAGCUGUUUGAAGUUGAUACUGAUAGCUGUGAAAGAUGGAUGAGCUGCAAAAGCGAGUUCUUGAAGAAAUACAUGCACAAGGUGGUCAACGAUCUUCCCAGCUGCCCCUGCUCCUACCCCAGAGAGGUGGCGUACAGCACCGCCGAGAUCUACGACCGCACCAAGAGGAAGAACUUCCGCUGGAAGGACGCCAGCGGCCCGAAGGAGAAGCUGGAGAUCUACAAGCCCACGGCGCGGUACUGCAUACGCUCCAUGCUCUCGCUGGAGAGCACCACGCUCGCCGCCCAGCACUGCUGCUACGACGACAACAUGCAGCUGAUCACCAGAGGGAAGGGGGCGGGCACGCCAAACCUGAUCAGCAUCGAGUUCUCGGCAGAACUCCACUACAAAGUGGACAUCCUGCCCUGGAUUAUAUGCAAAGGUGACUGGAGCCGGUACAACGAAGCGCGGCCUCCAAACAACGGGCAGAAGUGUACAGAAAACCCUUCAGACGAAGACUACUACAAGCAAUUUCAAGAAGCACGGGAAUACUGAGGUGUUCCUCCUCUUCAGACACAAAAUAGCACUCGCUUCCUGGACGCCAAGGGAGCGCCAACAGCUGCUGCAUUGUCUCCUUCACAGGGGCUGAUCAGUUUCUUUCUAAUGAAUGUAUAUAGUUGUAAUAUAAUACAUAACUAUUUUU